CACGUGGCCAUGAGCAAGUGGUGCCCGGUGAAGUGCUGGAGCCGAGCCUCUGCUCCCCCGCUGUUGGGCUCCAAGGAGAAGGAGAAUCUGGAACCCAGGAACCCCCUGGCCCUGCAGACUCUGGGGCCCUUUAGCAAGACUGACAGAAAGAAGGAACCAGGACCAAGGCAGGAGGAGCGGGAGAGAAAUCCUCUGCCACGGCCCUUUCCCAAGAGACCCCAAGAGAAGAAGCACAGACCGUGGCAUGAGCCCGAGGAAUUGUGUGCCUUUCUGAGGCAACCCACGCGGCCGAUGCCUGUCGGGACGUCCAGGAAGAGAUCUGCCCCCAGCCCCGUUCUCACGGGACAGACACUGGCCAAGAAACCGAGUAGGACCGGAUCCUGCCCUAUGUAGUCUCUCAAGACAGCACCGGGACCCACCUUGCCAGGCGGAGAGGGCUGUGUUCCUGAGAUGGGACGAGGGGUGCCAGAGCUCCGAAUCUCAAUGGUCCCCCCUUCCCUCCUCUCAAGACAUCUGCCUUUUGGUGGGAGUCCCCAUCCCAGCGGAGCCUGAGGCCCAGGUUCUGCAGUCCCAGGAAGUGUCGUCUCUAAGACUUCCUGGGCUCCUCUUCCCCCUUGUGACUGUGUGGAACCCCCUCCUCCGCCCCCCGUGGAGAGGUGCCCUGGCCUCCCAUCUCAGCUGAUUGGGAUGCGACUGAAAGACUGAGGAUUAGAAGGACGGAGGAGCAGGUGUGUCCAGGGAAUCAGCACUUGCCCACGUGGUACCGACGGCAAAGCCGGAACUCCACAUAAUAUUGAGGACUGAGGGACAGAUGCCGCCUUCAAAUUUUGGACCUUUAUGUUGUGUUUCCAGUGGAAGCUUGUGAACUGGUUCUAGAGCAUCCUUUGUAAGUUAGGUAUGUAGGAAACCGAAUCAGAGCAAAGAACAUGUGUUAUAUUCUAAUGUCGAUAGAAAGCUAUGAAAUUCGUCUGUGUGGGUGAGCGACUGAAAUUUGGGUAACCGAGCCAAAGACUUACUCAUGAUUCCGGAAACUCUCUGUACCUUUUAACCGAUGCCCUUUCCCGAGGGUAGAAUUUUUGAGUGUGAGGAAGUUUCGGUGGAAACGGUCUUCACCUUGGUUAAUGGGAGAUGGUUUCAUCGCCUUUCCAAACCUUUGCAGCGUCGUGUUUGAUGGAUUUCUUCUGUAUGAAUAAAAUUCUCUGAAAUAGAGCAUAGGUGGCCCGUGUUUUGAUUUUUCCUUAUCCUCUCCAUUUGGUUGUCUUUCUUUCUUUCUUUCGUCUUUUUCUUAAAGGACGGAACGUGUCACGAGUUUACGUGUCGCCCUUGUGUGGGGCCAUGCUGAUGAGCUUCUCUGUGUCCUUCCCGUUUUGGUGUGGAUGCCGCCAAAGUGAGCACCCAUUUUCUUUGUCUUCAUCCAGUUGUACUGCCCCGAGUAAAGGGGACCUUGGUACAGACAGUGCAAUGCAGGGACCUGGGUUGUGGGGACAGUGGAGUGACCCAGGCUCGUUCCUCCUCGUCGCCUCAUUGCUCAGGUGAGGGAUGCGGGGCAAUCGUCAG